GCAGCGCGGAGUAGGAUGCUCUGCGGGGCGCCCUGAGCCUGGGGCGCGUGAAGCAGCUUCGGGGGCCGGGGCCACAGGGCAGCUUUCACCAUGCAUCAGUCCCUGACUCAGCAGCGGUCCAGCGACAUGUCCCUGCCGGAUUCCAUGGGAGCCUUUAAUCGGAGGAAACGAAACUCCAUCUAUGUCACCGUGACUUUGCUUAUUGUGUCCGUGUUAAUUCUCACGGUGGGCCUCGCCGCAACCACCAGGACCCAGAAUGUGACUGUUGGAGGUUAUUACCCGGGAGUUAUUCUCGGCUUUGGAUCAUUCCUUGGAAUCAUCGGAUCAAACCUCGUGGAGAACAAACGGCAGAUGCUGGUGGCUUCCAUCGUCUUUAUCAGCUUUGGUGUGAUUGCAGCCUUUUGUUGUGCCAUAGUCGAUGGGGUCUUCGCUGCCAGACACAUUGAUCUGAAACCGCUCUAUGCUAACCGGUGCCACUAUGUGCCCAAGACAUCCCAGAAGGAAGCUGAGGAGGUCAUAAGUUCCUCAACCAAAAAUUCUCCUUCCGCGAGGGUUAUGAGGAACCUUACCCAGGCAGCUCGAGAGGUGAACUGCCCUCACCUCAGCCGUGGAUUCUGCACACCUCGCAUCCGGGGCAACACCUGCUUCUGCUGUGACCUCUACAACUGUGGCAACCGGGUGGAGAUCACCGGUGGCUACUACGAGUACAUUGACGUCAGCAGCUGCCAGGAUAUCAUCCACCUCUACCACCUGCUCUGGUCCGCCACCAUCCUCAACAUCGUCGGCCUCUUCCUGGGCAUCAUCACUGCUGCUGUCCUGGGGGGCUUUAAGGACAUGAACCCAGCUCUCCCAGCACUGAACUGUUCUGUUGAAAAUGCCCAUCCGACUGUUUCUUACUACGCUCGUCCUCAAGUGGCAUCCUAUAAUACCUACUACCAUAGCCCUCCUCACCUGCCACCUUAUUCUGCUUAUGACUUUCAGCAUUCCAGUGUCUUUCCAUCCUCCCCUCCCUCUGGACUUUCUGACGAGCCCCAGUCUGCCUCUCCUUCGCCCAGCUACAUGUGGUCCUCCAGUGCUCCACCCCGAUACUCUCCACCCUACUAUCCGCCUUUUGAAAAGCCACCCCCUUACAGCCCCUAAAGAGGAAUGUCUGCUGGCUAUUGAGAUUAUUGUGGCUUUUGUAUUUCUGCUUUAGUGGAAGUGUGUAGGGUACAAACUUUAAAGUGUGAUUCUUAUGCAUAAAGUUUUGCAAUGGCCUGCCAGGCUAAGGAAAGAUAGGGAAGAAGCUUAUUUGUUAUCAGUGCAGAGCAGGGGUGGCUAGACUGAGCCCAGCACUUCCAAGAAGGGCAACGCAAGGCUGGAGAGCCAUCCCAGCAAGCAGCUUGUCUUGUUUGGACCUGCGUUACCCUAUGGCCCCGCCUCUGUGUGCAGCAGAAGUGUGGUUGCCAUCUGCUUCACUUUGUGUAAAUGGAGUGUUGUCCUCCGGCCGUUGGCAGAUCGCCACCCUAGCACCUUGGUUGAAGCACCUGGCUUAUAGGCCCUGUCUUUCCCUACCACUAAAGUCAGUCCCUAAGGAAAAUUUCCCAGAUGAUGGGGCUACACGGUAGUUCCAAUGCAGAGAGUUCUAAGAUUUUGUUUGCUUGUGUCUGGAUGCUGAAAAAAGCUGCCCAUGUCUCUUACUCCUUUCUUCUCUGUAUUGUAAAAAUGGCUAUUGUGAUCAUUCAGCUCAGCUUCUGUGAUUGGUACCUCCCAAAGGGAAAAGUGCAAUAGUCCUUUGAGUAGUGGGGAACAGGAUUGAUUGUUCAAGAGGCACUGAAAUACACAGAACAACAUGUGAGAUGUUUUAAGUGGAUCUCAGUUAUACAUCGGGUAACUUAGGAGACAGCGGUUCUACUACAUGUUGCAUUUGCUGCAGGAGAUACAAAUCUUACGGUUAAAAUUGAGUUCAAAAAUGCUAGAUUAGGUUCUUGGGUCGUGUUAUGAUUGUUACUAAUCUUUGUGACUGUUUAUCUUCAAAUAUUGUGCUUCAAUCCCAGCAAACCGCACGUAUCCUGCACCCCACCCCCAAAAGAAUCAUCUGUAUUUUAAUGCCACUGCUC